AUGGCCUCAUCUGGGUCUACCAAGGAUCUCACCAAGGCUCUCACUAGCUUCAUUCAGACACCAAACCUACCUCUCCCCAAAGAGUUCACCGACUUGAUUAGCAACUAUCUGGACAGGCACGAGCACGCCGAAGACGGAGCUUCAGAUCGGUUGAACGAGGAGCUUCUCUCCAUCUACACCAAAAACGUUGAGAACCAGCCCGGAAAAUAUGCCGCCUUUCUUGCGAUUCUACGGGAACUCCGUCCCGCCAUGAAAACGCCUGCCAGAAUCUUUGAGUGGUGGGAUAGACUUCUUGACCCGGUCUUGGAAUAUGUAGGACAGGAAAAGGGCUUGGCUCGUGAGGUUUCCACAAACACGCUGGACCUGCUCGCGAUUGACAAGUACGAUGAAUCGUCAAACUCAUCCGAGGCGAGCCUUGCUCCCUUCACUGAACGUCUUCUGAGUAGAUGGAUGGACGCUCGUGCAAGCCAGAUAAACUGUGUUCCGACGGCGGACUUCAAAGACCGCAUGGUGAAGAAGGCGUUGAUGGUCUUCGGAAAGAAGGAUCCCAAGGGCUUCAUGACUUGCUUGGAUCGGUAUUUCCUCAAGAGAGAUUAUCGUAACUUUGCAUUGAGCUUGUUAUGCGAUUUUGUUCAGAGCCAACCUCCCCACCUUCAUGUUGUGCUACAAACACCACUAUUCAACAACAUUCUCAACUCUCUGCAAAAGGACGAAUCGACAGCCACUGUCACCAUGGCUCUGGUGGCGUUAAUCAUGCUCUUGCCUUACAUACCAAGCUCGCUCGUACCGUUCUUAUCCAAGCUGUUCAACAUAUACGCAAGACUUCUAUUCUGGGAUAGGGAUAGCUAUUUUGCGCAAGAACAUACAGAAAUCGGCCCUGAAGGUGGAUCCAACGAAGUGACCUGGGAGAGGGUGCUUCUUGAUCCUGACCAUGACGGAAGCUCGAUCCCUUAUCUAUCAGGCUACUUCACUGUCCUAUACGGCUUAUAUCCCAUCAAUUUUCUCGACUACAUCCGCAAGCCGCAGCGAUACUUGCGCCAUGCGAACAAUGAUGACGAUAUCGAUGUGCAGGCCAUGGAGAUUCGGGACAGGUCCGAGAGAUUCAGAAAACAACACCUUCUGCACCCGAACUUCUACAACCUAACGAUUGACUCGGAGAAGACAGAUAUGAGCCGAUGGCUUAACAGUGAGGCAGACGAAGUUCUUGCGGAGUGCAUGGCUCUGUCGCUAGAGUCUAAACACAACUCUUCCGAUGCCCGCAACACCACCCCACUACCCGUGGGAAUGGACCAAGGACUCGGAGAGGAACUUGAUGAAGAUGACAUGGAAGCCAUCCUGAAUGGGUCUUUGGACCGUGGAGGCUAUUCGUCAGCGAUUGAGUCCACGCCCAGCAUAGUGCGUUCACAAGUUGAGCCAUCCAGAGAACCUUCUUUGCAUGGGCCGAUCAUCGACGCUGUAAGUCAACAAGGCGAUAGCACACAUCCCGUUUCCGACCAGGUUUCCCUUAGUGGCCAGGAUGUUGGUGAAAGCCCUCUCCUCUCACCUCAUCAACUCCAGUUGGCUCCACAUACCCAACUCCACGAUAGGCUUGUCACGUACAAGGCCAGCAUAUCUGGGCUUAGUCAGUCCCUAGCAAAUGGCAGUGUACCUUCGCUAGCCCUCGGGACCCAGGAGGCUGUAGGGCAUAAAAGCCAAGGACAGGGUGAGGCAUCGUCUGAUUCUCUCAACCAACUACAACCCACUGGUGAAUCCAACAAUCAUGCCUCGCUUCUCUACCACCAGAAUCUGCUACUUCUCAAUGAUUUGCAGUUUGAGCGGUAUAUCAAGCAGCAACAUAUGGCACAUAUGGGGGAACUGCGUCGUAAGCAGGUCAGGGAAGCUGCCACAGAAGCAGAAACGCAGAACCUUGUCAUGGCAAACCGAAGUUUGAGGCAGAGGCUUGACGAAGCGAAGCGAGGCGAGGCGCAAGUGAAGAAAGAGUUCGAUCACCGUCGAAACAUCGCCAAGAAAUGGGAAAACGACCUCUCUACCAAACUACGGGCAUUACGCGAGGAACAGAAGAAAUGGGCAGCGGAAGAGCUUGCCCUGAAACAUCAGCUCGAAGAGUGCCAAAGAGAGUGCGACCGACUGCGUAGCGCUGCUGAGGUGGCUGAGAAAACAAUGCUGCAGUAUAAGCAAAGCAACGAGGCAACUGAUAUCAGCACAGAAGAGAUCGACAGGCUCAAGGGGGAAGCGAUAGAGUGUGCUGCCUUGGCUGAAGCUCGGGCAGAGCAGUUGUCGCAGCAAGUUACCGCACACGAGCUGCAAAUCGAGAGAGUGAGGAAGCACUAUGAAUCCCGAAUUGCAGACCUUAGUGAUCAGUUGGCCAAGGUUGUCAAAGAGAGUCAAAGCAGGAACGUUGACAACGUGGUGGCCGUAUUCGAAUCCGCUCUCGCUGCAAGCAGAGCGAAGCAGACGGAGUUACAAAAGGAGUGCGAUAUACUGAAGCGAAAGUGUACCGACUUGGAGGGGUUCCUUCUGGAACUAAAGUCCACCAACGAAGAGCUCUCAAGCCAAAUCCGCUCUAGUGAUAAUCAGUUGGCUCUGUUGGACGGCGGACGAGAAGCUAUGACGCCUAGAUCAGGAAGUCCGAUCAUUUCUCGAACGGCAAAUCGGGGUUUCUCUGACACAGAUAGUAUCGAAGGCCUUUUCCGCAGCGCCACCCCUUCGUUGAUACCAGCAACAAGACAAAGCUCUGUUUCUUCACCAACUUCGGUCCGCCGCCCAGGAACUCCUCCUGGAGCCCCAGCAAGUGGUGAUACGUCUAGUCGAUCUUCUCAGAGAACCAGUCCAGUUGCUGAAAGGCAUCAUGGAAAGGGGGUGCUCGCGAACGCUCUUAAGAAGGAGCGUAAGGACAAGAAGGAAGAUAAGCCCGAGAAGAAGAAGUCGAGUCUUCCUGCUUUCAAAGGGAUGAGGGGCUUUGUGUGA